AUGGAAUUAGUGACAGAACUGACCAAACUUGGUGCUGAUGUCAAUCUGUGUAACAACUAUGGAUUAUCUCCACUGUGCUUCGCAUCACAGUUUGGUCAUAAAAAAAUUGUGAAGUUUCUACUACAGAAUAAUGCUGAAAUCAAUGUUGGUGCUAGUUGCUUAUCUUUUGCUUGUGAAAGCGGUCAUUUAGAUCUUGUGAAAUUUCUUAUUGAUAAGAUAGAUGUUAACAAGGUCAAUAACAAUUGUUAUCCAGCUCUUACUUCCGCUUCUUGUCAAGGGCAUCUUGAUAUUGUGGAGUAUCUGGUAGAACACGGAGCUGAAGUUAAUUUAAUGAGUUCAUAUAAUGUAAAUCCACUUUACUCCGCCACAGCAUACGGACAGAUUCACAUUAUUCGAUACCUUGUAGAACACGGUGCAGAUAUUAAUCAAGGUUCUUCUUGUGACAUGAACGGCUCUCCCUUGUGCUGUGCUUCAAGCAAAGGUUAUCUGGAAAUUGUGAGAGAACUUAUCAAACUUGGUGCUGAUGUCAAUCUCUGUAACCUUAAAGGCCAUUCUCCACUUUGCUAUGCAUCAAGAUAUGGACAUUUGGAAAUUGUAAAGUUUUUGCUACAUAAUGAUGCUGAUAUAAAUAUUGGUGCUAGUUGUCUAUCUUCCGCUUGUAAAGGCGGUCAUUUAAAUGUUGUGAAAUUUCUUAUUGACAAGAUGGAUGUUAACAAUGUCAGUGACAUUUGUGAUCCUCCACUACAUUGUGCCUCUGUUCAAGGUCAUAUCGAAGUUAUUGAAUAUCUUGUAGAAAAUGGAGCAGAUGUUAACUUGCUAAGUUCUUCAAAGGAUAGUCCACUGUGUUGCGCUGUAGAAAACGGACAUUUUCCUAUAGUGGAGUGUCUUGUUAAACAUGGUUCAGACAUAAACAAGGCUGUAGAAAUUGCAAUGGAAUGUGGUCAAGAAGUUAUUUUAGAUUAUAUGUUGAAGCAUUUAAACUAG